AUGGUGCAAUCAAAGAAAUUCAGAGGUGUAAGGCAACGCCAUUGGGGCUCGUGGGUUUCUGAGAUUCGUCACCCUUUAUUGAAAAGGAGGGUGUGGCUUGGGACAUUUGAGACAGCAGAAGAAGCAGCAAGAGCAUAUGAUGAAGCAGCCAUUUUGAUGAGUGGUAGAAAUGCCAAAACAAACUUCCCAGUUGCUGAUAACCCAAUGGCAAAUCAAAGUUCUACUUCUUCCUCCUCUUCCACAACAUUAUCUGCAGUUCUAAGUGCAAAGCUUAGGAAGUGCUGCAAGUCCCCUUCACCUUCUCUCACAUGCCUAAGGCUUGACACUGAGAAUUCUCACAUUGGAGUGUGGCAGAAGCGAGCUGGCCCACGUUCUGAUGCAAACUGGAUCAUGAUGGUUGAGUUGGAAAGGAAGAAAAACCAUGAGGGCAGUCCUUCUCAUUCAGAAAUACCUGUACUUGUUGAUGCACCAGAGAAGGUAAAGCCUGAGGAAGACAGUGGCUUAGAUGAGGAGCAGAGAAUGGCUUUGCAGAUGAUAGAGGAACUUCUCAAUAGGAAUUGA